GAGGUAGCCGGUGCACAAGAUGGCCGCCGCUGCUGCGGCGGCGGUGGUGGUGGCGGCGGCGGCGGUGGAGGGGCGGCGGGUGGCGGCGGCGGCGGCGGCGGCAGCAGCCGCGGAGGCGGGGGGACCCCGGGGCGAGGAGAAGCAGCAGAGCGCUGCGGCCGCCCCCGUGUGCCGUAGCUGAGGGGGGUCGGUGGCCGCUGCGGGGAGCCCGGCCCUUGUGGUUAUGUUUCACACUAUGUGCUGACUGUACUUACAGAAGAUAUUUAAAAACAAACAGACUUUUUUUUUUUUUCAAAGAUUUUGAUUCCAGUGGAAUCUGUGCUUUAGAUUUUUGUCUCGUCAAUUAACUCCUGAAGCAAUGCCUGUACAAGCUCCACAAUGGACGGAUUUUCUCUCCUGCCCGAUUUGCACACAGACUUUCGACGAAACAAUUCGGAAGCCCAUCAGCUUGGGUUGCGGCCACACUGUCUGCAAGAUGUGCCUCAACAAGCUCCACCGUAAGGCAUGCCCUUUUGACCAGACCACUAUCAAUACAGACAUUGAACUCCUUCCUGUGAACUCAGCCUUGCUGCAGCUAGUGGGUGCUCAGGUUCCUGAGCAGCAGCCAAUUACUUUAUGUAGUGGAGCUGAAGAUACCAAGCAUUAUGAGGAAGGCAAGAAAUGUGUGGAAGAAUUAGCGUUGUACCUCAAACCACUCAGCAGCGCAAGAGGUGUAGGUCUUAACAGUACUACUCAGAGCGUGCUAAGUCGUCCCAUGCAAAGGAAACUUGUGACAUUAGUUCAUUGCCAGCUAGUGGAGGAAGAAGGGCGGAUCAGAGCCAUGCGUGCAGCGCGGUCGCUUGGUGAAAGAACAGUCACAGAGCUCAUUCUGCAGCAUCAGAAUCCUCAGCAGCUCUCUUCCAACCUCUGGGCUGCAGUGAGAGCCAGAGGGUGCCAGUUCCUUGGACCAGCAAUGCAAGAGGAGGCUUUAAAGCUAGUUCUGCUGGCUCUGGAAGAUGGAUCUGCUUUGUCACGAAAGGUCUUGGUUCUCUUUGUGGUUCAGAGGCUGGAGCCGCGAUUUCCUCAGGCUUCUAAAACUAGCAUUGGGCAUGUUGUCCAGCUUCUUUACAGAGCCUCAUGCUUCAAGGUGACAAAGCGAGAUGAGGAUUCUUCUCUGAUGCAACUGAAGGAGGAAUUUCGGACUUACGAAGCUCUGAGAAGGGAACAUGAUUCCCAGAUAGUUCAAAUAGCUAUGGAAGCAGGUUUACGCAUUGCACCAGAUCAAUGGUCCUCACUGCUAUACGGAGACCAGUCACACAAAUCCCACAUGCAGUCUAUCAUUGACAAGUUGCAGACCCCAGCCUCAUUUGCACAGAGUGUCCAGGAAUUAACUAUUGCUCUGCAGAGGACUGGAGAUCCAGCUAACCUGAAUCGUCUUCGACCUCACCUAGAGCUCCUGGCAAAUAUUGAUCCCAGUCCAGAUGCUCCACCUCCAACAUGGGAACAACUGGAAAAUGGACUAGUUGCUGUAAGGACUGUGGUUCAUGGCUUAGUUGAUUAUAUCCAGAAUCACAGCAAGAAAGGAGCAGAUCAGCAACAGCCUCCUCAGCACAGCAAGUACAAGACAUACAUGUGCCGAGACAUGAAGCAGAGAGGAGGAUGUCCCCGAGGGGCCAGCUGCACCUUUGCACAUUCACAGGAGGAGCUAGAAAAAUUCCGCAAAAUGAACAAGCGUCUGGUUCCCAGAAGACCCCUGAGUGCCUCCCUGGGCCAGCUAAAUGAGGUGGGCCUGCCUUCAGGAGCUAUCCUCUCGGAGGAAGGGGGAGUGGACUUGCCCAAUAGGAAAACUUCUGCUCUGCCAAAUGGAAUUGUGUCAACAGGCAGCACAGUGACGCAACUUAUUUCUCGAGGGACUGACUCCGGUUACGAAACUGCUCUGAAGCCAGGGAAGAUGGACCAUCUGAGUAGCAGUGCCCCUGGAUCCCCUCCUGACUUGCUGGAAUCUGUCCCCAAAAGCUCUAUUUCUGCCUUACCAGUGAACCCUCAUCCUGUGCCCACUCGGGCACCGACAGAUCUGCCUUCAGUAUCUGUCACCAAGCAGUUGCAAAUGGUACCACGAGGGUCUCAGUUGUAUAAUACUCAGCAAGCAGAUAUGUUUUAUCAGGAUCCUAGAGGAGCGGCCCCACCAUUUGAGCCAGCACCCUACCAACAAGGAGUUUACUACCCCACUCAGUCCAUGUCUCGCUUUGUCCGACCUCCUCCAUCAGCUCCCGAGCCCGGUCCACCUUAUUUAGACCAUUACCCACCCUACCUUCAGGAUCGUGUGGUGAGCCCACAGUACACACAGCCACAGCAGUAUCCCCCCAUGGGACAGCCCAUCUACCCACCGCACUACGACAGCCGUCGCGUAUAUCCCCCUGUCCAGCCAUACCAGCGAGAGGAGAUUGUCCGAGGGAGCCCUGUACCCAUCGAGAUCCCACAAGCAGCUGUACCUUCCUACGUACCCGAAUCCAGAGACAGAUACCAGCAAACAGAGGGUUAUUGCCCAGUGGCUCCCCAUAUCAGUCAGAUCAGACCUUCAUGCCAUAGGCCUCAUCCUAGCCUAGACGAACUUCACCGGCGAAGAAAAGAGAUCAUGGCCCAGCUAGAGGAAAGGAAGGUGAUUUCUCCACCUCCUUUUGCACCAUCACCAACCUUGCCUCAUCCGUUUCAUUCAGAGGAGUAUUUGGAUGAAGACCUGAAGGUAGCUGGGAAAUACAAAGGAAAUGACUACAGCCAGUACUCUCCCUGGUCCUGUGACACCAUCGGCUCCUACAUUGGAACCAAAGAUGCAAAACCCAAAGAUGUUGUGGCAGCAAGGAGCGUGGAGAUGGCGAACGUAGAUAGUAAGGCCAUGCGUGACCAGCGAUUAGACAUGCAACGGAGAGCAGCAGAAACUGGUGAUGAUGACCUCAUUCCAUUUGGAGACCGACCAACUGUGUCGAGAUUUGGGGCUAUCUCUCGUACUUCCAAAGCGAUGUACCAGAAUUCUGGUCCCAUGCAGGCCAUGGCGGUUCAGGGAGCUACCACCAAAUCAGUCAUUUCAGACUACAAUCCUUAUGGAACUCACGGUGGCUGGGGAGGCUCUCCAUAUUCUCCUCAUCAAAAUAUACCUUCUCAGGGACGUUUCAAUGACAGGGAGAGACUGUCCAUGUCAGAUGUGGCUGGUCAUGGGAAACAGUUGCCCUCAGCUGAACGAGAGCAGCAGCUGCGCAUGGAGCUGCAGCAAGUAGACCAUCAGAUUAGCCAGCAGACACAAAUGCGAGGACUAGAGGCUGUUAGUAACAGGCUGCUGUUGCAGAGGGAGGCGACUACCCUGGCAGGCCAACCACAGCCCCCACCCCCACCUCCCAAGUGGCCUGGGAUGAUCUCAAGUGAACAGCUGAGCUUGGAGCUACACCAGGUGGAAAGGGAAAUUGGGAAGAGAACCCGGGAGCUGAGCAUGGAGAGCCAGUCUUCGCUGGAUAUAAAAAACAAACUGGGCACCACUAAACAGACAGAAAAUGGACAAUUAGAACCGCAAAGCAAGGUUCCAGCUGAGGACCUCGCACUGACAUUCAGCAGUGAUGUUCCAAACGGAUCAGCCUUGACACAAGAGAACAUUGGCCUCCUGUCAAACAAGACGGCUUCUCUCAGCCUGUCAGAGGACCCAGAGGGAGGAGGAGACAACCACGACUCCCAGAGAGCGGGAGUUACACCCACGUCUGCUCCGUGAAGUGAGGCCAGCACGCCCCAGAGUUUCUUUUGCUGGGGUGUCGGUAGCUUCCAUCAUGUUUUUUUUUCCAGGGGUGAUUGGAGAAACCCAGGAGCAACAGCAGUAGCAGAGCAGCAGGUCCAGAGGCAAUGUGCACAAACACAACUACUAGAAACAAAUCCUGCACAUAGUUCACAUUAACGCAUUUUUUAAUUAAAAAAAAUGAAAAUUAGCAGUAUCUGCAAGCAAUUCAAAUUAAAUUUGUUUUUGUUCUGUGAAUGAACUUUAUUUUAGUAACUUCGGACGCCUUGGAUCCCAGGGCUUAAAAAAAAAAAAGAUAUUAUAUAUAUACUCUGUUUGAUUAAUUGUAUGAUCUUAAUGAAGUAGGUUUUUUCUUUUAUUUUGGUAUUAUUACAUACCCAGUGCAUAAUUCCUUACCACCUUAAUUUCUCAACAAUUAAAACAACCUGGCCACUUCCUUGUAUGGUUUAAGGGUAAACAAGGGAUGAGGGUUGGAGAGUAACUGUGAAUUGCAGUGUCAAAAGAUGUGCAGCAAGCUUUGUUCUUAAAACAAUUCCUCCCAUCAUGGCUAGGAAAGGAACCCUAGCUUGUGUGAGACUUCUUGCUUAAAUUAUUUAAGUUUAAACUUCACGUGACAGAAUCUUUGCAAUGCAUCGGGUGUGGUCCUUUACUGUAUGUCCCAGCAGAGCAUGUGUCGUUGAAGAGGGUAAUGGAGUAAGGGAUCCAACACAUGCUAUUAUAUUUGAAGGUUGCUGGCCUUUUAUUUUCUGAAUGCGGGCUGCCCUACUACAGCACGGGUAUUUCUGGAGCUGGUUAGCUGGGGCUUGUGGUAGAGAGGCUUAACUAACCAGUGACGGUUGUGCAGCCGUGACCAAAGCAGAAUCUCUAGAAAUAGGAAGUAGAGAGAGCAUAAGGUUGUGCAGUUGUUUGCUGGAUGCUAACUGCCACUGACCUGGUGAACCAUGUUAGUUCAUCCAGUCUUUGCUGGUUUGUUUCCCACCCCCCCCUUCUCACUAUGCCUUUAAAACAAGCUUACCCAAAGUCCAUACAAUUAAGUUGACGCAGAGGGACUUACUGACCUCUGCCUUUUGAAAUAGGUCUUUCAUGUAUUCCUCCUCCUCAGUGACUCUUGUCUUUCGUUGUUUCUUCUCUGCUAUUUUAGUAUUAUUAUUAUUAAAAACGUAAUUUCCUCUAUAACAUGAGGGGUUUUUUUCUUCUUUUCCGUGAUAUAUCAGUUAUUUAAUUGUAAUGAUGUUGUGAGGGCCUUGAGAUGAACAACUUUGAUUUGUGUGCAUCAGUGAUGGCAAUCUUUAAGACAGAGGGGAAUUUUUAUUUCUCUUUUAAAAUUGGCGUUAAGGUCUGUGUGGAUUAGGAUUUGACACCUGAGAAUCAAUCUGCAACCGUUUGCCACUGCUGCAGUGAAUCCUUUUUGAUAGGGGAAUAGUUCUGUCAAAACGACCACUUAUGGUGCGGCACGGAUCCUGUCAGAAGUACUGAAAAGCAAAUUUUGCCUGGUAGAUCUAGUGUGCUGUUUCUCCGAGUAGAUGCUUUGUAAGCAUAAGUUGGAGAAAUCGUAAGCCUUUCUAUGUUUUCUUUAAAAGUUAAAGAAAUUAAAGAGAUUUUGUUCUUGCUGCCAUUUUUUGACUCUCUUGACAUGCACUGGGGUGAGACCCUGUACGCAAAGAACUCUGUGGAGAAUGAUUUUAAAGUGCUGCUCCCUCUGCACCUUCUUGGCCUGUUCGCGUUUUUUCUUUCUAGGUUAGACUACUAAAUCGGAAAGCACUGGUUAUGUAAUAAGUUACUGCAUUGCUUUGGUUGGGUAAAGCAAGAGUUAAUAAAUUUUCUUCGUUUUUAGUUUUUUUCCUUAACCUUAACUCCUGCUGAGGUCAUAGCAACCUUGGGCUAAGCUUUGCAUUCAUCAUACUGUUAAAUAAAACAAAAUGGGGGGUGGGAGGGGAUACAGUCCCACUAUUGCCUACCAGUAGGAGAGUCCAAACAGAAGACUCUUUUGAGUAGCAAUUAUUUAAUUUGCCCAGUCAAGGCACCGCGUUUAUAUACUAUUUCACAUUGAAUUUGAUUAUGCCCUACAGACCUGGCUGGUCAAGGAUUUGAUACACAUAUUGGCUUGGGAUUCGAGCUUUCUUUUUUAUUUAAAUAAAAAUUUAUAUAUAAAUAUAUAUAUACAUAUAUACAUAGUUAUAUCUGUAUAUAUAUUGGGUAUGUUUUAAGAAUUUUUUCGCAUGAGCGCAGCUGUUGUGAUCAAAUGUCUGGGAGGUAGAAGCACUGAAUGAAAAUAAAGGCAUUUUUCAGCGCACACGCCCACACUUUCCAUACGUCUUCACACGGGUUUAUUUCGCUUUUAGUUGAACUUUGGCCUCUUAAUUGCCAAGAGUAGUUUCGAAGCUUGCUUUCUUUCUAACCCCUCUUAACGUUUGGCAAAGAACCAUCUUUGCACUAGAAUAGCUUCGUCUACACUUUGCCCCCACCCAUCCGUAUCUCCUACUUGAGGCCUAGCGUUGCAGCCGCUCCUCUUCGAGCCGAGCAGAACUAGGCUGAUGCAGUUUUGAGCCCGUCAGGUCUGUUCCUCCCUCCUCUGCUCCGGGCACCACGAUGAUCAACGUGUUCCCCUGGCAGCCUGCUCGACAGUCAGCACAGGCACCGUGCCCUCUUCUCCCACCCUUUAGUGCAGAGCACUGCUGUCAGGUCAGCCUUCUCCUUGUUUUUAAUUAGUUUACUUCUUCCUGCUGUGACUUUAUUAACACAGGGAGCUCAUUUUAGUUGAGAUAAAUUACUGCAAUAUUCUAAUCUAGGAGGGCAAGCCCAGAAUGUACCUUUUUUUUGACUGCAGUAAUUCCUGACGUAAGAUGAAUUUUCAAAGACGGUUAUUAUAUGUUCGAAUCUACGGAUUCAUUUUAAUACUAGGAAGAAGAUCUGGAGGGGCAAAAAACUUUUUUAUUAACUCUGUUUCCAUGCCAGGUUAGGGAUUAUGGUUUGGUUUUGUUUUUUUUUUUUUUUUUCCUCCCAGGAGGAAUUCUGCAGUAAGAGCUAUUCAGAUUGCUGGCCUACAUACGGUAAAUGCUUCCAAAACCUGUGGAUUAAAAGGGAGACAUUACUGUUUUGUUUCUCCUUGAUCCAGCUCUCCGUGCUGUACUUUGUGCAUAGUGUCCUUGCUGUGAUCACGGUGUCCAGGUGAAUGCCCUGUUUGCCCACUUUUAUAGUUUGGCUUGUUAAAUAGUUUGUUUAAUAUCUACUAACAGUAUUGAUUUUUAGCUUUGUUUUUUUUCUCCUCCUCAUCCUUUCUCUGCUUUUUUGCAGAAGCUUAGUUGAUUAAACAAGUCAAACAGCAAAAUGCAGUGCGUGCUUUUAAGUCUUUUUCUGGAAGCUGCACCUAACAUUUGUAUUUUUUGUGGAAAAGCAUGCUAGUGCAACUGGGAAGACAGACAGCUCUACAUAUAAGGGAAGCAUUAAUGGCUACAGCAAAUAAACAGGGAAUGAAAAUUUCUGGAGUAACUCUGUAUCCUCUUCCUUUAAUUUCUGUGGCCCAGUGAUUCUCCCAGUUGCACGGGAAUGCUGUCCACUGCAGUGAAAUUGGUCUGGGCUAGGAAGUGGUUUAGUUCCUUCUGCUUGGGCAAGAAGAAACAGUGUUAGGGCACUACUGCACCCUUUGAUAGGUGGGUUAGAUUUUCUACUGCAGUAGGCAACUUUGAACCCUCAUUGAUACCCGGGUUGCAGCCCCAGCACGGACAAACCCCCCCAGAAUAGGAAGCUUCAAGUGUUAGGUUAAGCUUUAGGAUGACAGUGAUUCAGUCAGUGUAGGAAAUUAUUAUGUUUGUUUAUUCUGUAGUGCUGUUUUCUUCCUUCUUCUGUCAACAUCUCUUCCUUUCCUAUGACCUAGUUCUCUUUUCUCAAUAGGAGAAACUUAUGCUUGUUCUUCUGUCCCGCUUGUAUGCUAUUGUAUCCUGUCCUAUUUCAGAGUAGGACAUUUUUUAUUUGGAUCAGAGCACCCUUCAAACCUACAGCACUGUUACAGCACUGUUAUCCCCUUUCUCCUCAAGUUCUUCUCUGUCUAGCUGCUUCUAAGCCUUCUUCUCUCCCUGUUGUCCAUACUUUCCUUCCUUUCCUUCUGUGGCUUUGCCCGUUCACCCUCCCUGAUUGUCUAACAGUGACAGCUUGCUGCCUCAAAACAGAGCAUUCAAAUGAAUUCGCUUAGCCAAUAACUUCUGUGAAGUUGCCUUUUCUAAUGGUGUUAUUACUCAGUGAUGCACAAAUGUGAUAUUGCCCCUACUGGUAGGCAAACGGGGGAUCUGUAUAAACAUGGUUAAACUGCUGUUUUUCUUUAAAGGAGAGCCAAAGACUUGUGCUUUACACUUUUUUUUUUUUUCCUGGUGUAACCAUUUUGAUUGUCAAAUCUUUGUAGGGUUUUGUGAGUUGGCUGUAUUAUCCUAAUAACAAUUUACAAAAGUUAAUGAAUGUCAGGCCUUAUCCAUGCAUUGAAUUGUGGAAAAAUCAUUCCAUUUAGUCAUACAAUUUGCAGUGUACUGAGAUGUAUCUGGGGUAUUCUGACAUGUUUUCAGUCUCUUAUGCACUCUCUCAGCUGAUGGAAUGGCUUAUUUAGAGAGGGAACAUAGAAAUUUUGUAUGAUCAAAGAAGCCUUGUCUUUAAGUGUUUAAUUGAAUACUGAUUUUAAAUUUCUUCAGUUAAAGAUGAAUCUGUGUUGCGAAUGUGACUGACUUUUAAGCCCGUUGAAACUGAAAAGACAUGUCAAACUGUAGCAUUACAUUAAAUUAGAUGUGGAAGAAGCAAACUUGUAUGAUGAUAUUGUCUCUUGACAGCACGAAUUGAGUAAGGUGGGGCAAAUUCCUUAUUAGAAAGUACUAGGAGUGAGGCUGUUCGUCGAUAAUGCAAGAAGGCUGCUUGCAUUUCCCUUCCUUGAUCUAACUUUAACUCUUGCAGACUGUUAUUAAGGUUUUUAGGUUCAGAGAGAAAUCUGUGAGUCAGAAUAGCAUAAACCCUCAUUUCCAUUGUCACUUCCAUUUAUAAAUCUGGAGUAUCUUGAAGCAGACUUACAGGAUAGUUAUCCUGAAGAACCCCAGCAUCUUUGGUUGACUAGCUAUUUCAGACCCACUUUUAUGGUCCAAAAAAUUCAGUGCUAGUAAUCAGGAGGUUCAAGAGCAGGAGUGCAAUCUCAUUUUCUUUGUUCUAAAAUGGGGGAAGAAAAAACAAACGUAUAAGCAGUGUGCAAGUUUUGUGCUUGUCUGUGUGUGAAGUUUUUUUUGUAGUCCUAGAAUAGAGAGAAGGAACACAGAGCAAGAUUGGGCCAUGAUGUUACCUUCGUGUUUUGUCAUCGUUCGCUUUGCAAAACACACACUUCCUAUUUUUCUCUCCUAAUGUUGGUAGCACUGAUUUAAAAGCAACCAAAAGAAGUCAGUGUGUCGGCAACUUAAUUUUUUUAUACCACAAUCAGUUCCUCUGGAUGGAAAAAAAGGAAGCACAAGUUCUUGAAUUGUCUAAAUGGUAAUUUAAACAUGAACUGGAAAAACAUCUGCCUUGCUUGAGGAAAUGUGAACUCUGAAUUUGAGGAAAGGGAAACAGCUCUUCUGAGCCACCUUUUAGGUAUAGCUUCGGUGCUAACAGUUGGGUGGUUGUUACUUGUAGUAUACCAGCAUACAGAUUAUGUAGCGCAAAUGGAUUUGUUCUCAGAUCAAAUACAAUCUGAAAUGCCAAAAACUUCAUCGGGGAUUCUCUUUUCCAUGCUCAGCUGUUACCAACGGCGUUAUCUUCUGUUGAAAUGGGGUGAAAGAAGCUAGAGUAAGUUAGUUCAAGUUACACAUUAUAAGUAAGUGAUUUUGGGGAAUGUCAUCCCAGCACAGUGUCCUUAUACAGUGAACGUGGUCUUUAUUCUUGUGUAGGAAGAAUGUAACUGCUUAGUGUUGUCACAGUCUUCAAGGCACUUGUGAUGCAGAUAGAGCCUUGAUUAGCAGGGAAAGGAGAACAAACUUAGUCUUGAUUUUCUUUAUAAUUUUGUUUCCCAAUUGCAAGUGUAAUAUCAUCAUACCUUGGAAACUCUUUGAACACUAUGGUAAACAAAAAGCGUGCAGCUUUUUCUGAAGUUUCCCAAUAAAAAAAAAGCAUGUGGGAAUGUGGAUUUGUCUUCAUUAGGAACAUCCCAGUCAUUUGAAGCUUAAAAUAUGCGAUCGUAAUAAUCAACAUUGGAUGCCUAUAGCUUAGUAACCUAAAUAAUUCACUGAUCUUUCCCAGGCAAUCUGCAGUUCCAGUGAGUUUGUGGAUGGUUUUAAUGCCAGUUGCCUGGUGUUGAGUAUUUGGGGAAGUUUAGGUGCCUGGCUUCACCCAGCAAGGUGGGUGUCUUUGGAUGAUAUACAGGUUGGAUGUUUUCAUGUUCCAGGAAGCAACUGAUGCUAAGAUCUGAAAGUUUUAGGAAAACACAGUUAUCAACUUCAAUUUGAAAAAUACAGUCUUGGGAAGCAACAGGGUGGUACAGUGUCUCUGAGAAUAAAAAGCAUUAGAAAUGUUGGAAUUACGUAUGAAAUGUAUAUGGGAAAAAAACUAUCUGUAAGCAAAACAGAAAAUCUUGUGGAGUAUUUGAUGUUUAAGAAAUUAUUUGCUGCUUUGUAAUGUUAUAAAGAUUUAUUAAUAGUUCUGUGGCAGACAGACAGUACUCACAAGUCUUUGGCAUCCAAACCAGAUUGUGUAUUGGAUGGAUCCCACAACUGGAUGUGUGCACUGACCUCUUUUAUUUCUGUUUUUUUUUUUUUAAAAAAAAAAAAAAAAAAAAAAACUUGGUAGCAGCUGUUCAUAAAUGUAUAAAGCGACCUGAGACGGAAGGAACCCUGCUCACAUCACAGCUGCUGCACAGGUCACAAUUGGUACCUUUAACCCGCAGCCUCUCUUAAGUGAAGCUGCUCUAACACGGGCAAAUCUAGCACAUCAAAUGACUUUCAGUUUUUUUCUAAUUUUAAGGAGUUCCCAUUACCCCUUUGGCCUCUGCUUGCUGUGUAAGCAGCCUCUAUGCGAAGAGGAGCUUUCCUUGAAGCCAGCUUAGCAACUGUGCUGUAGCUUGGUUUAUUUUUCCCUGUUUUCUGUAACUGGUAGCAUAGUGUCGAGCUCUUUCCCCAUCGUAUUUGUUGCUAUGGGGAGGAAGAGGUGAGGCAAGGCUGUGCAUGGGAGGAGGGAGGAAGAGUUGUGGGAUCUUCUAUAUAUGAUGGCUCCCACCCCCUCUUUGAAAUCAUCUACUUCCAGUUGUGGGAUUUCUCUAUCGAUGAAUUUUUCCUGUUUUUUGUAAGCCUAGUUUUCUUUGAUCUUGUUAGUUCCGUACAAGUCUCACCGAGACAUUCUGCAGUCAUUAUCACCUUUUUGGGUGGAGUUUAUUUUAUUUUUUGGUUUGGUUUUUUAAAUAACUUUUUAACAUUGGUGCAUAUAUGCUUGGGAUAGAGCUCAUGUAAUUUUCCAAUCGUAUUGAUUGUAUGUGAUUGUGCCCUGCAGAGGUAUAUUUAACAAAAAAAUAAAAUGAAAAGGAUAGUCUAGGUAAUAAAGGAGACCAUGAGAUUUGUUGAGUCAGGUUAUGAACUAUUUCUUGAAUUUAUUUAGGAUCCUGGAUAAGUGAAAUUCCCUGUCUGUUAUUCUCAUAAAUCAAUGCUGAACGAAAUGUCAUCAGUUCUCUCUUUCUCUUUGGGCUGGUUCUUUCCUUGCUUUCCUUCUCGUUCUGCUGUUUUCUUCCUUUCCUGUUUUUCUUCCCCAUCAAAAAAAAAUUCUUGAGCCUUUAUGGAAAUGGCUGGCUCUGGGUUGAUAUUGUGAAUAUUUAUUGUUUGUAACUACCAAAAUAUUUUUAAUAGGAGUAGAGAUUAAGUAGGACGUAUGAGAAGAAUUCCAUAACUUGCAGAGAAUUCAGUUUAUGGGGAAUUUUGAAGUCUUGUAUGUACAGGCCUGGUCACAGGGGAGACAUCCAGAGGCAGACAAGGCAUUGAUACCUCUUUCCUUGAAAGGUUAGAUGGUUUACUACCUUUUGGAAAAACUGAGAUGACAAAAGAAGCGGAAGAAAGAGUUCACUAUAUCCAACUCCCUGUGUCUUUACUCCUGCAGUAUGCUUUCUAAACUCGAAAGAGAAGCUUUCUAGAUGUUAUGCUGAAGUGGGACAGAGUGGAUUGAAGGAGGCAAAAGGCAAGAGGAUCCAGAGAUCUGAAAGUCAGGAUUUGUCUCCUUGAUUUCUUUGUUUAGAACUGUAGAGCCAACUGUCACUUUUGUAUUAAAGAACAAGGAAGUGGAGACCUACUGUGUGUGCAUGGUGGUUAUAUAGAAAAAGCCAUAUGUUGAAAUGCUAUUUCUUCUUCCCUCUUCACCUUGCUUUUCUCCCUCUCAAAGAUGACUCAACCUCAUCUUGCUUCCACAUAGUGUCUAAGGGUCCUCUGAGUUGCAGAUUCAACAAAAAAAAAAAAAAUAACGAGUGGAAAGGUGGUGAUUCACUAUUUGGUUUGUAAAUAGAUGGAAGUGUCUACAAGGUCUUACCUGCUUUUCUGUCAGCAUUUAUAUUAAAUGAUAAAUUAAUGGAGAA